AUGGUCAGAACAUCCGUGCUCAACGACGCGCUCAAGAGCAUCAACAAUGCCGAAAAGGCCGGCAAGCGCCAGGUCAUGAUUCGACCCAGCUCCAAGGUUAUCAUCAAGUUCUUGUCUGUCAUGCAGAAGCACGGCUAUAUCGGCGAGUUUGAAGAAGUCGACGAUCACCGCAGUGGCAAAGUUGUCAUUCAACUCAAUGGCCGUCUCAACAAGACCGGUGUCAUCUCCCCACGCUACAACGUUCAACUCCGUGAUAUGGAGAAGUGGGUUGUCAAGUUGCUGCCAUCUCGUCAGUUCGGAUACAUUGUUCUCACCACCAGCGCUGGAAUCAUGGAUCACGAAGAGGCCAGACGAAAGCACGUUUCGGGCAAGAUCAUUGGCUUCUUCUACUAA